AUGCUUGAGUCAGGUCCCUGUUUGCUGUUGGUCUAUGUGGAUGAUUUUCUGUGCAUUGCGCCAACAAAGGAGGAUGCAGAUCACAUCUUUGAGGUGAUUGAGAAGAAAGUUGAACUCAAGAGAACCGGGUUGAUCAAUUCUUCCAAGGAUGGCGGUGGCACUUUGCGGUUUAUUGGUAGGGUUAUCUCCAGGAGAAAGGGGGAGUCCUCUAUCACAGUGUCUUUGCCAGAAGAUUAUUUGGAUGAGACCUUCAAGGCUUAUGGUCUUUCGGGAAAAGGUUCCUCAAGUCCUCCAGAUGUUGCGGUUCAUGUUGAGAAGCAAGAUGGGGUUCCAUUGUCUCCUGAGGCGUAUGCCAGGUUCAGGUCUGCGUUGGGGAAAGUAGCUUGGAUGACGCAGACUCGUCAGGACUUGCGUGCUUAUGUGUCAAUCUUGGCAACGCAGCAAGCCACACCCACGAAUCAUACUGAGCAUGGUCUCCGAGCCUUGCUUCGAUUUCUGAAGAACGACAUGUGCGUGGUUGUGCGGUUGCCUGCUGCGAGUGAUGUGUUGGCUCCCUCGCAACACUACCAAGGAAAGAGGCACCUUGUGUGUUUCUCUGACGCAUCGCAUGCGCCUUUGAGGUGCACGAAGCGCCGUGGCAUCAGUGGAGGAGUGUUGACACUUGAUGGCUGCGUGAUAAAGACUUUGUGUCGUCACCAACAGCUUGUGUCGCUGUCGUCUAUGGAGUCAGAGCUGUUUGCGUUGCAGUCGGUUGCUCAAGAAAUGUCGAGUCUUGGAAAGUUCAUGGCAAGGGUCUUCAUGUCGUUUCGAGAAAGCGAGGAAGUUGAAUUGCCUGGGAUACUUUACAGUGACUCAGAAAGCGCUUUGAAGCUUCUUCGCAAUUUGGACACACCCAGACAAAGCAGACAUCUUGAGAUAAGAGUCGAGUGGCUUAAAGCUCGUGUCGCAGCGGGUUCUUUGGUCCUUGCGUUUAAGAAGGGAAUCGAAAAUCCGUCAGACCUCUUGACUAAAUGUUUGGGGUCCUCGGCUUUCGGGAUACAUCGCGAAGCGUUGGGCUUUGAGUCGCUGUCGGGACCACUUGCGUCUUUGUGCAAUCAUGAGAAGAGAUUGGUGAUGGUUGAAGUGUGCUGUCGACCGCAGUCGAGUGUUCAAGGUGCAUGUCGCAGAGUCGGGAUGAGUUACGUUGGCGUGACUGAGAACAUGCAGAGUGACAGCGUGUUCAAAGAGGUGCGUCGAUAUCUUCUGAACUUUGCGUGUGACUGCGUGUUUGUGCAUGUGUCCACGCCUUGCUCUUCUGGAUCUUACUUGCGUCGGUUCUCUGGCGGGAGCUCGUCGAAGUCGGAUUGGGAAUGGUUUGAGGUGUUUCCUUGUGUGUUGAAGUACUUGAAGCUUGGGAAGCACUCGAGCUUUGAGCUGCCAUGGAACAAUGAGAUUUGGCAACAUGACUUGUGCCAGAAGGUGCUGAAGAAGGCAGGCCACACGUUCGAUGUGCGAACUCGUGCUGCCAUGGUUCUCACGACCGAUGAACGCAGGGAGCUGCGCCGUUUGCUGGAUAAGAUGGAUUCUGCAGAUGGCUUGGCUUCGACUGCCAAUACUUCUAUGACCGAUGGGACCAAGCGUCUCAGAGAUGUGGGUGGAUAUCCAGAGGAUGGGUCUACUGCAUCAGGAUCUGCUUGCGGUGCCCAGCUGCCGAUUUCAAAGGGAAGCGCAAAGGGUGCUGUGAGCACUCCCAAGUGUUAUGAAGACCUCGUCGAUGCAUUCGAAGGGGAAGAGUUUGGGGAUAGCGACAAUGUGAUUGUCGUGAGCUAUGCAGGUACUGAGGUCACCUCGGUGCCACUUCCAAGUAAUCUAUCUAUGGAGGAGUGGGGUCGGACAAUCUGCGAUCUGCCAAAGGUCCAGAAGAAUAAGAUGUGGUUUAAGAAGUCCUAUGCGACCUUGGUCAAGCUUGCCAAGGAGGAUAGCGACCUUGCAAGCUACCUCAAUUGGAUCAAGGAGAAAUUUGGUCGCAAUUAUGAUCCGACGACCUCCUCCAGUCAGUCCUCGGACCUUGCGGGGUAUUUGAUGAGGAUUGGUUUUUCAAAGCAGAAGGGAUUCCAGCGCAAGUUGGCGGAGGAGUAA